AAAAAAAAGAAUAAAAAAAACCACAAAAUUCCAAAGACUGCUCACCGCGAUGUAAUAACGGCGCUGCUUGAACGGGUCCAUCGACCACCGCUCGCCCGCGUAUUUAACACAGUCGUCUUGCCGUCGUCGAUCCGCAGUCGAUCGACCGAUCGAUAAAUGAUCAACAGAACCAACACGGGCAAAAUACGCGUUUAAGACGCCCGCGUAUAAUUGUAUUUAAACAUACAUACAUCCAAAACAUAUAUAUAUAUAAAUAAUAUUAUUAUUAUUUUCUAAAAAAAACCAUCUGCGCCGUUCACCUCUCACCAUCACCCCACCGCCCACCGAGCCCGAGGCUCUCACACACACACACACACACACAAACGCCCUGCUCUACGUAUAGCACAGCCUCUCGUCUCCCCCCCUUCCGCGAACACCCCAGCCAGCUGGUCCACCACGUCAUUCCAAACAACAAUGUGCGUACGCGAGUAAUAUAAUAUAUACACACGCACACGCACACAUACACACGCACACGCACGCACAAGAGGUUCUGACCGUUUUCAUGCGGCGGCAGACUCGUUUCCCGAACGAUUUCGAAUCGCCUCGUUAACCGGGUGAAAUAAUAUAUCGGCGGCGGACCACUACAACAACUAUUAUAUACACACAACAACGACGACGUACGACGUGCCUCACACGCACGCACGCGGUGUAGUAGUCUGUAUAGUAGUAAUAAUCCGAGACGACCGACCACUUGUGUUGUAUUAUGCACGGCGCGCACCAGUCGUCCAACGUCGUCCGUGCCGUUCGCUAGCGCGUCGAAUUUGGUCACUUAAAACCGCGAUUUUGCCGCGGGUCCGCGAGCGAUCUACAUAAUAUAUUAUAUCAACAAAAACAUCGUCGACCGUCGUCUUUUACCGUGCGAUAAUUGAUUAAUAAUAAUAUUAAAUACGGUGAUCCAUACUAAGCUUCAAUGAACACUACAUAAUAGUAUUUAAGUGGUUGUUGUCGUCGUCGUUUUAUUAUUAUUGCGAAUUUCGUAAUUAUUAUGCUACUCUUAGCCGCAAAUGAGUUCGUUCCGAGUGCAUACGGCGGGACGACGCCGCAGGAUCGGCUCCUGCAAUGACCGUUGGUCAGUCACCGCCAUAGUCUUCCACCGCAGGUGUUGAGAUACGGUCAUGAAGUUUCGUAACCACUCGGAAUCGUCGUCGUCACGCAGAACUCGAGCGUGAAAAGGAUCCAUUUUCGUUGGACUACAACCGCGGACACGUGCGCCGGACGUUACCGUGCCGAGAAGUGUCGCAGAUAUGUGCUCAGCGCCGACACUAGUGGCGGCCGUGUUGUUAGCGAUCGCGGCCACCGCCGUCUGCAACAUGCAGCCGGUGGCCGUGACGAACACGGCGGCGGCGUCGGCGGGGGCUGUGGCCGGUGUGGCGGCCGUGCCGGCGGCGGGGCGCUGCGAAGAGAUCACCAUACCGAUGUGCCGGGGCAUCGGGUACAACAUGACGUCGAUGCCUAACCAGCUAAACCACGAGACGCAGGAGGAGGCCGGCAUGGAGGUGCAUCAGUUCUGGCCACUGGUCGAGAUCAACUGUUCGGCGGACCUCAAGUUUUUCCUGUGUUCCGUGUACACACCCAUUUGCAUCGAAGAGUACCAGCGGCCACUGCAGGCGUGCCGGAGCGUGUGCGAACGGGCCCGGGACGGGUGUCUGCCGGUCAUGCAGCGGUACGGGUUUGUGUGGCCUGAGAAGAUGCAGUGCGACAAGCUGCCGGUGCACGGCGGCCCGGAACUGUGCAUGGCCCAAGACGUGUACGAGCAGCAUCAGCACGUGCCAGUCAAGCCGACCAAGAAGCCGACUGCGUCACUGGCAAACAAGUGCAAGCCGGGUAGCAGGGCCAAGGGAUGCGAGAAGUAUGCGUUCGGCGGCGGUGGUGUUGGCGACGAGGACGGGUGCGAGUGCAAGUGCCGGCCGCCGCUAGUAGCCAUCGACAGGGAAUCGGUUCGGUACAACCGCAGUGGCGUGUCCGUGGCGGGCGUGGACAACUGCGCGAUGCCCUGCCGGGCCGUGCUGUUCACCGACGAAGAGAAGGAUUUCGCGUCCACCUGGAUCGCCCUGUGGUCGAGCAUAUGUUGCGUCACCACGCUGAUGACACUCACCACGUACACCAUCGACACUCAGCGUUUCAAGUAUCCGGAAAAGCCGAUCGUGUUCCUGUCCGGUUGCUACCUGAUGGUCAGCCUCGGGUACCUGAUCCGAGUGUACGCAGGCCACGACGCGGUCGCCUGUGAGCCCGACGGUUCCGUCAAGUACAACGCGUCCGGGCCCACGCCGUGCACGCUUGUGUUCCUGUUGCUCUACUUCUUCGGCAUGGCCUCGUCCAUCUGGUGGGUCAUACUGGCGUUCACAUGGUUCCUGGCAGCUGGUCUCAAGUGGGGAAACGAGGCGAUCGCGUCCUACUCACAGUACUUCCACCUGGCCGCUUGGCUGAUACCCACCGUCAAGUCGCUUGGCGUGCUGGUCAUGUCGGCCGUCGACGGGGACGCGUUCGCUGGCGUAUGUUACGUGGGCAACCAGAACCCGGAUAACCUUAAAAUGUUCGUCCUGGCGCCGCUUGUCGUCUACCUGGCGCUGGGAAUAUCGUUCCUGUUGGGCGGGUUUGUUUCGCUGUUCCGCAUCCGAAACGUCAUCAAGCAGCAGGUGGGCCGAAGCAAGGCGGACAAACUGGAAAAGCUCAUGAUCCGGAUCGGCGUGUUCAGCGUUUUGUACACCGUGCCCGCAUCUGUCGUCAUCGGAUGCCACUACUACGAGGCCCGGUACAUGCCUGACCGUGUGGCUCACCUGGCGUGCCCGUGCUCCGAACCGGACCCGGACACCAAGCCGGUGUACACCAUGCUCAUGCUCAAAUACUUCAUGACGCUGGUGAUGGGUGUCACGUCAGGCGUGUGGAUAUGGUCUGGUAAGACGGUUGGCUCGUGGAAGCGCCUGUCCCGUCGGCUGUUUGGUGGUGGUGGGGUCGGUAGUGGAGGCGGUGGCGGCCGUAUGUCUAAGGGCGGCCCCAACCCGGUGCUCGUCAAUCCAGGCAAACAACGCAAGCAGCUGCAGUACAUGCCCGCACCGUCUGUUCCAGGUAGUACGCUGCCCUCGUCCCACCACCUGGCCCCAUCGUCCAGCCUGCACCACCACAUUAUCAAACAGGCGCCGCUUAGCCACGUAUGACAUCAGUACGCCACUCCUGCCCUUAGCUACGAGCAACCAGACCCGUCCGAGGACAUGAUGCCCUCUACCACGGGGCUCAGUGACUAUGGUCCUCUUUAAAGGGUCGGCAGGAGGAAUAAUGAUGAACCAACAACCCAUCAGAAACAUAAAAUAUGAUCUCGAUAUGUACUUUAAUUAUUAUUAUUAUUAUUAUUUUUAUUAUUUUUAUUAUUAUUUCUGUACAAUAUACCACCUACUCGAACAAACGAACCUCCCACCACAUUUAAAACUCGGAACCGACAUUGGGAACACAUCACAUCGGAAAUAGACGUGUCUUUUUCUUUACAAUAGGUACCUACGUCUACGUGGUUCACAGCAAAAAUAGUAAAAUAUAAUGUAACUCCAUCGUUAAACCAAAUUACUAACGUGACAUUUUCGACUGGUUUGACAAGUUAACUAGUAAAAACAAAAAACGUGUAGCUACCCCGUCGGCCAUAGGUUUAUUUUCUGGUGCUUUCCCCAAUUCAAUUUUAACUUAUAUAAUUUUUAUUUUGUAAAUAACUUUAAAUUUAAGAAGCGUAUACUAGUCGUAGUUGUUAAGUUGUGUAUUUUUUUGUUUGUGUUAACAUUAAGAAAUCCUUUUAUACUGUAAUUACUUUAAAAAGGAAAAGACAACAUUCGGUUAUCCGAAAUUACUAUAAUUAACUCAUUUUUUUUCUAAAGAACAAAUAAAAUAAAUAUGACUUGUUCGCCAAACUCGUGCAAUAUAUAUGAUUCCAAUGAUUUUUUUGAUGAAAAUAUAAAUUUUAUUAUUUUUAAGCCAAUGUAUAUUAGACGUUUUUGUCUCUUUUACUGCCCUUAUAUACGAAAAACAAACUGUAUACGUAAAUUUUAAGUGAUAAUAUUAUUAUAAACAUAUUAUACGAGUAAGUUUUAUUAUUCAUGCAUACAAAUUAUUUAUACUAUUUAUAAUAUAUAUUACUGUAUUGUAGCAGAAAAUACUGUACAUAAUAUAACAUGUUUUAAAUAAAAAUUGUACAUUUCAUGUUUUCAUAA